GGGCGCGGGGUCUGCCGGGAGCCUGCGGGGCGCUGGGGGCCGCCAUGCUGCUCUUCUGCCCCGGCUGCGGGAACGGGCUGAUCGUGGAGGAGGGGCAGCGCUGCCACCGUUUCGCCUGCAACACCUGCCCCUACGUGCACAACAUCACCCGCAAGGUGACAAAUCGGAAGUACCCGAAGCUAAAAGAGGUGGACGACGUGCUCGGUGGGGCAGCGGCCUGGGAGAACGUGGACUCCACCGCAGAGCCGUGUCCUAAAUGCGAGCAUCCUCGAGCCUAUUUCAUGCAGCUGCAGACGCGCUCGGCCGACGAGCCCAUGACCACCUUCUACAAGUGCUGCAGUGCUCAGUGUGGACAUCGCUGGAGGGACUAGGGCCCGGCUGGCCCGGCCGCGCCACUGUCGCGGACCUCGCUCCCCAGGGUGCACUCCCCUCCAGGAGUGCGGACUUUGUCCGGAGGCAUCUUUGUGGGGGUGGCGGGAAGCUGACCCUUCGAGGGGAGCUGGCCGGGGGGCCCGCAGACGCGGCCCGCCUGGCGGUCGGUCUGCAGAUGAGCUCACCGUGCCCGGGGGUCGCGUGUGUGGAGCCGGGUGUCCGCAGGGAAGCGUGCUCUUCCGGCGUGCACGUGUCGGAGCCGACAGACGUCCUCUCCCCAUCACCCUUCUCAGACGUGUGCCCUGUCGGCACAGUUGCGAAGUAAAAUUCUGUUGAUGGUACAUCGAUGUCCCUGAGUAUCUAGCUGUUAACUUAUUUUAUCACCAUCUGUUGUGAACGUUUAAUUAAAAUGGAAAGCCUAAUGCUG